AUGGAUAACAGAAACAGAGCUAAAAGAAUAGUGAAUAUGGCAUUGCAAUCUUCGCCGCCGCCAUCUUCAUCGACUUCAACAAAUGAAGAUUUUUCAAGUGAUCAUUCUUCUUACCAUCCACAGCAAAAUGUAGAAAUUUCCACAGAAUUAGAAGACAGUGAAGAUAAUGAAGAAAGAAGAGAUCCAGAGGGUCCUGUAGGUAACUUGGGGGAAAUAAAUCAUCCAGAUUCCGAUGAACCUGUCAAAGGAAGAAAAAGAGUUCGGAAUUUCGAUAGAUGGGCAAAGAAUAUAAGGAAGCGAAAAAGAACUGCAGGCCAAGAAUAUCGCAACGUACGAGGUAGUAUUGUCCCAGCCAAAGUAUUUACACCAGUUGUAUGCAGCUGUAGGUUCAAAUGCAGUGAGCAGGUUUCAUCUGAAAAUCAAGAAGCAAUACACGUAAUGUUUUAUCAGCUCACCUCAUGGGAUGCUCAAACAACAUGGUUGUGCAGCGCCAUUAUGACUUUAGAACCAAAACGCCGUAAGCAAAGACAAAAUGCUCAAAAUCCUAGCCGCAUAAAUUAUGUACGCCAAUUCAUGCUGUUGGACAAAAGAGUUUGCAAAAGUUUCUUUUUAAAGGUCAUACAAAUAUCUAACAAAAGAUUAGAUUAUGCAUUACGUAAUAAAAAAUCUGUUUCUGGAAUAGCGGAAAGAGAUAAGAGGGGACAACAUGUACCUGCUCACAAGCUGUCAGAUGAAAAGUUGAACUGGAUUAAAGACCACAUUAAUAGUUUUCCGAAAUUUGUGAGUCACUAUGGAGAAAGACGAUCAACACGAAAAUAUUUGCGCCCGGAUCUUUCAAUGAACAAAAUGUAUGAACUUUUUAAAGCAAAAUGUGAGUCAGAAGGAAAACCAAUAUUGAAAAAGAGCGCCUACGUCAAAGUAUUUACAACCGAGUUUAAUAUACACUUCUAUAUCCCUAAGGCAGAUACUUGUAAAACCUGUGAUAUACUCGAGAUAGCAGUAAAGGCGGAAGAAGAUAUAGAAACAUGCCUAGCUAUAAGGGUACAAAAAGAUCAGCAUAUUAAACUUGCAGGCGAAGUAAGAAACAUAUUAAAUGACUGUAAAAGUAAAGUCAAAACUGAGGAAUCGUUAUUAGUAGCUACUUUUGAUCUGGAACGAACCCUGCCUCUUCCUUAUUUGAAUACUGGUGAGGUAUAUUAUUUAAGACAACUGCAAAUGCUGAACUUUGGUAUUCAUGCUUAUACUAAGGAAGGAGAAAAAGUUCUCAUGAAUAUGUGGUCAGAACAUUGUGGGGCCAGAGGCUCACAAGAAAUUAUGUCGUCACUUCACUACUUUUUAGAAGAUUCCGUGCCGGACACUGUCAAAUCACUGUGUUUUUUUAGCGACUGUUGCUCCGGGCAAAACAGAAACUGGAACGUUUUACACUUUAUGAUGUUUCUGGUUAAUAAAUCGCCAUAUCUAGAAUCGAUCACCAUGCAUUAUCUCGUCAGUGGCCAUACUUACCUGCCUAACGAUACCGACUUCUCUUUUAUAAGUCGAGAACUAAAAAAGAAGACUGAUAUCUAUACACCAGAAGAUUGGAUGAAGCUCGUCCGAGACUGCAGAAAACAAAAACCUUUUACUGUGCGAGAUAUGAAAAAUAAGUUUCUAGAAAGUGGCGUUAGAUCUGUCCUCUGUGUCUUUGAUACUCAUGCACCGUAUAAGAAAUGCGUAUUCAAAUCUCGACCCUACCCAUGGAUGACACCUAACCUGAAGUUCAUGAUAUCUUUAAAAAAUAAAGCCUUGUCUGAUUUCCGUAAAACUAAAGACGUUACAAAAAAGGAAUAUUUUAAAACUUUAAAUUCAUUAGUAAAUAAGACAAUAUAUUUCGAAAAAGUUGCUUACUUUAAUAAUAAUAUCAAUAGCCAAAAAAGUCGACCAAAACAUCUAUGGAAAAGUCUUAAAUCUAUUAUAUUACCUUUGAAAAAACCUAAAGAGCUGUCCUUACAUUUCACUGACGCUGAAAAAAUUAACGACCAUUUCCUAAAUAUUCCCGGUAGUUCAAAGGUUAAUCUGUCUCAAUUAACUUACUUUGAAUUUAAUAAAUAUUGUCAAAACAGUUUUAGCUUAGAACCAACUAGUGCAGAAGCCGUAUUUAAGGUAAUCAAGAGUUUACAUUCCAAUGCUCAAGGAUACGACGAAAUAACACUGAAUAUGCUGCUUUUAACAUGCUCUGACACAUUGGAUGUUAUUACAGCCUUAAUAAAUACAUCUUUCGCGACUUCUCAGUUUCCUGAACUAUGGAAGAUAGCUGUAGUUCGACCAAUUCCUAAAAAUAGUAAUCCAUUAGAUAUCAAGGAUUUAAGACCUAUAAGCAUUUUGCCGUGUCUUUCCAAGGUUAUAGAAAAAAUUGUAUGCCGCCAGAUAACAGAUUACAUCGAAAAACACGACAUAUUGCCAAAGACACAAUCUGGGUUCAAAAAAGGUCGAGGAACUGUAUCCGCUUUACUAGAUGUAACAGACAAUAUUCUACAAGCACAGGAUCAGGGAUUGUGCACGUUACUUGUAUUAUUAGAUUUCUCACGAGCAUUCGAAUCAAUUAAUAUUUCUCUGCUUUUAUCAAAAUUAAGCUACUAUGGAUUUGACAUUAAAACGGUUAAAUGGUUUAGCAGUUAUCUCACUAACAGAUUACAGGUUGUUGAAUUAAAAAAACCUGACGGCUCACCGACACGCUCAAAGCUUGCGACGAUUAACAGGGGAGUACCACAAGGAUCAAUUCUAGGCCCAAUAUUAUUCAUCCUAUACUCUGCGGAUAUCACUAAACAUAUAUGGAAAUGUAAAUUUCACAUCUAUGCUGAUGAUAUUCAAGUUUAUAUAUCUUUUAAAGCGGAAAACAUGAACACAGCCAUAAUAGAAUUAAAUGAGGAUUUACAGCGAAUCGCCACAUGGGCUGAGAACAAUAGUCUUGUUCUUAAUCCGGCUAAAACUAAGUACUUGUUGAUAGGCCACAAAAAAGGACUAAAUAUAAUUCAAACCCAGUCGACUGCACUAGCUCCAAUGCUUCUUGGCAUAUCAAUUGAGCGCGUGUACGAAGCUCGAAAUCUGGGUCUGAACAUGGAUGCAGGGUUGCGAUUCGAGAAUCAUGUGGCAGAUUGCGUGCGAGCUUGUUUUUACAGAUUGAAGACACUCUACAAAAUUAGACCGUACCUCAAUGUCGAACUACGUGAACAGCUAGUAGAAACGCUCGUGCUCUCGAAGCUGAACUAUGCAGACACUGUUUAUGGGCCCAGACUGCUAGCUCGUACACAGCGACUAGUACAAAGGGUUCAAAACGCCUGUGCUAGGUUUUGUUAUAAAAUUCCUACGCGUAGUCAUUUAACACCGUUUCUUAAUAAACAUUACGUAUUGAAGAUGAAAUCUAGACGCAAACUCCACCUGGCAUGCCUUCUCUUUGGUGUCGUGAAGUAUAAAAAUCCACCAUACUUACACGACAAACUAGCUUUGGUCGCGCGAAACAGACAAGGUAACAACAGACUGUGUUCUCAACAAUUAUCUGUGCAGCGUCACAGAACAGCAGCUUUCAGGGGUAGUUUUAGAUAUGCGGCUACAAAAUGUUGGAAUAAUAUUCCACCUCCAAUCAGGAGUUUAAAAAAUCUCCACCAGUUCAAAAUCAAGCUAAAAAAAUUUCUUAUUGAUGCACAAAUACAACAUGGCAAUAUCAACCGAGAAAGCUCCUUCCUAUAA